AUGACGCUGGCUUUUCGGGGGCAAGCGGCAUUGCUCUUCACCGGCUGGAUUCGGUCGUGCGUCUCAUGUCUCUCUCCGGGUGAGCAGAGUCAGGAAGACCAGGUGGGUCUCAAAGACGAACAUCUGGAAGAAAGAGGCGUUCAGCGGGAGAUGCAAGUGUGCCAUACCCAACCGCAUUUGGUUCCUCCUAUGAAACUGGUGGUGUAUGAUGACCUCCCCAGCCCGAGUGUACAUCGCCAUCGACAGCGCAACUCCUUGUCAUCAUGGGUCUCGGAGGGGAAGAAUCUCGCAUCCCGGGCAUCGACUCGUGCAAGCAUGUCGUGGAAAAGAUCAUCUGCGAACCCGUUGAAAAUCGGCGCCCCGACAGAUUUCCGCAGAGUAGACUCCUUCCACCUAGAGUCCAUACCGGCAGUGCCAAAGCAAUAUCAACCUCUACAGCUCAGCAUCCACCGAUCUGGUAAUCGGUUAUCAGAUCUGCCCUCAUUCGAGUCUUUUCAACUGGACGAUUCACCACAGCGCCAGACAAUGGCUUUCCCUCCACGCGCUCUCACACCACCUGGCGUUCGUGCUCGACGUUGCCAAUCAAGCCAUCCAGCAAUGUCUGUCUCUCGGAAGCCAGUCGGAUCCGGGGAGCCCCGGUCGGUAGCAACCAUCGAGCACUCAAUAGAGCCUCCGCAACCUGUUCGCAUAGCGAGCACUCUGGUCCCUCAUUUCUCCCUUGUGAAGCCCGUUGAGACUCUUCUUUUAGCAGAGGACAUCCCCACUCCUUUCCUUGAUCGACCCAACUGGGAGGAGAAGAGCGCCUCACUGAAUACUGAAUCUUCUGGCCGCACAAGUAUCGUCCAGGUUUCAGUGGAGCCGGAACCCCAAACGCCCAGUCCAAAGGAUCUCGACGAUCCAAAUGAAUGUCCGUUCUCGAAAGACUCGCCAUCCACAGCGAGCUCACGUACAAUGCCAUCGCGUGUUUCCUCUCUGCGGCGACCUUCAACAGCCGAGAAUCGCAACACAAUUGCCUCGGUGCCUGUACCAGCACUUCCAAGUCGCAUGUCCCAAUGGUUCUUUCCUGGGAAAGCCUCUCAAUCUAAACAAGUCUCACUCGCCGGCGAAAAUGGUUUCGCAUGGGAACGAACCCGUACACUGAGUGGCACUACUGUCGGUUCGACCAUUACAACUAUCACUGGCGGUGCUCAUGCACGUCGACCCAAUGUUUCGAUCUCUAGUACCUUCACCAGCUCGUCAACACCAAGAGCCUCAUUGCAAGCACCAACACCGGGUGUUGACAAGGAUUUCGAGACUGAAUUCGGCCAUCCUACCAUCUUUGAAGGGCACCCGCGCCAUUACCCCAAAUUAUCUGACCCCCGCGCAUUGGAUUUCCCGAGAUAUGAUGGCUCGAGCGUUGGGCUGGCUUUCUAG